AUGAAUAACUCGAUACGACAAUUUUUAAACAAAUCUAAAACAGAUGUAAUAUCUUCCAAUGUAAAAUACAUUAUUCCUCAACAAGUGUCUUUUCCAACUAAUUUACAACCUCCGACACUGGCAUUCAAUUCAUAUACAAACAAGUUUAAAAAUGCCCAGGAUUUUUAUGACAACAAACAACCAAUUCCAUUUCAAACCAAUACUUUGCCUAAAGAUCGAUCGGAAAUACGAGGAGUUGAUAGUUCUAUUCAUAGGUUUAUAUUUAAUAAAUUGAAGUGGAAAGAAUAUCCUCCUAUAUUGAAAAAUGACUUUAUGAUGAUUCAAUUCUUCCCUCAUCAUCAUAUUAUUUCCAAUUUUAGAAAAUCUAAUAUUGCCUUUGCAGUGAAUAUUUAUACAAUCCCAUUAUUCAAUGAUAUCAGACUUAGAGAUGCAAUGGCAAGGUAUAAAGGUCGAUAUUCGAGUUUACAAUUUUUCAAAACCAAAACUCUGCCCAUCCAAUCAGCAUGUGGGAGGUCUCAGACAAAGAAACUAUUUAGAGAAUUGUUCGUUAAGGCAUUACAAACACUGGGGGUAAUAAACCAAGAAGAAAAUACAACCACAACAGUUACUGAUAAAUUGAGAGGAGUUUAUGCUAUUCAUAUCUAUAAAGUUCCGAUUACUAUAGAACAAAAAGAGAAAGUAGUCCAACACUAUUCAACAUUGAUAAAAAAGAUUACCACGGAUCAAAAUACUUGGAAUACAUUAAGCCAGGCAGCUCGCAGAAGCAAAUCCAUGAAUUUACUGUCAGUAUUACAGAAUGUCACAUUUAGUUGGAAGGUUGGUGAUUGUAAAGAUGAUCGAAUUAGAUUUCCUUUUAUCAAUAUGACUGAUAUCGAAUCGAAAAAACUGGAACAUACAAAACGGUUUAAGAAAAAUACUGCUAAUAAACGAAAGAAUAAAAAAUGA